AUGACAUCACUUUAUAAUUUCAAGAAGAUCGAGCCAGUCCCUACUUCUUCUGACUUUAUUGACAUUAUUUUGUCAAAGACUCAGAGAAAGACUCCUACUGUUAUUCACAAGAAUUAUAAUAUUGGACGUAUUAGACAAUUCUAUAUGCGUAAAGUCAAGUUUACGCAAGAAAACUUUGAUGAAAAGUUCAAGAAUAUUUUAGAUGAAUUUCCUAAAUUAGAGGAUAUUCAUCCCUUUUAUGCUGAUUUGAUGAAUGUUUUGUACGAUAAAGAUCAUUAUAAGCUUGCUUUAGGUCAGAUUAAUACUGCUCGACAUUUAAUUGAUCAAGUUGCUAAAGAUUAUGUUAGACUUUUGAAGUUUGGUGACUCACUUUACAGAUGUAAGCAACUUAAAAAGGCUGCAUUGGGUAGAAUGGCAACUGUGAUGAAACGUCAAAAGGAUAGUUUAGCAUACCUUGAACAGGUUCGUCAACACUUGUCUCGUUUACCAUCAAUUGAUCCCAAUACUCGUACCCUUUUGAUCUGUGGUUAUCCUAACGUCGGUAAAUCUUCAUUCAUCAACAAGAUUACUCGUGCCGAUGUAGAUGUUCAACCUUAUGCUUUCACUACAAAAUCGCUCUUUGUGGGCCAUAUGGAUUACAAAUAUAUGAGAUGGCAAGUUAUUGAUACCCCUGGUAUUCUGGAUCAUCCUCUUGAAGAACGUAAUACAAUUGAAAUGCAAUCUAUUACUGCUAUGGCUCACUUAAGAUCAUGUAUUAUGUACUUUAUGGAUCUUUCAGAACAAUGUGGUUAUAGUGUUGAAGAUCAAGUCAGAUUGUUCCACAACAUUAAGCCUCUCUUUGCCAACAAGCCUAUUGUUUUGGUUAUUAACAAAAUUGAUCAAGUAAAGCCUGAAGAUCUUCCUGAAGAACAAAAGAAAUGGAUUGAAGAUAUUGCUCGUGAUGAAAAUGCUACUGUUUUGACAAUGUCUUGUUAUAAGGAUGAAGGUGUGAUGAAUGUGCGUAAUACUGCUUGUGACAAGUUAUUAGCUGCUCGUGUAGAAAUGAAGAUGAAGAGCAAUAAGAUUAAUGAUGUGAUCAACAAGAUUCACUUGGCCCAACCUCAACAAAGAGACAACGUUAUCCGUAUGCCCAAUAUUCCUGAUGAAGUUAACAAUCGUGUCAAGUAUGAUCCUAAUGAUCCUAAUCGUCGUAAGCUUGAGAAAGAUAUUGAACAAGAAAACGGUGGUGCAGGUGUUUAUAAUGUAGAUGUUAAGAAGAAAUAUCUCUUGGCAAAUGAUGAAUGGAAAUAUGAUACUAUUCCUGAAUUCCUUGAUGGUCAUAAUGUUGCUGACUUUAUUGACCCUGAAAUUGAAGAGAAAUUGGAAGCUUUGGAAAGAGAAGAAGAACGUUUAGAAGCUGAAGGUUUCUAUCAAUCUGAUGAAGAAAUUCUUGAUGAUGAUGAAGAAGCUAUGCGUACUGCAGCUGAUGCUAUUCGUGAGCGUAAGAAGUUAAUUGUCCAAGCUCAUCGUGCCGCAAAUGGUAGAACAAGACCUGCUUUACCCAAGACAGCAUCAUCUAAGUUUACAACUGUGAGUGAGAUGAAUCAAAAAUUGGCUAAUAUGGGUAUUGAUGGAUCAGAUGCUGUUGAACGUACAAAGACUGCUGCAGCUGGCCGUAAACGUACACAUAAUGAAGCACUUCCUGAUGAAGCAGUUAAGGAAGCAGCUGCUGGUGAGCGUCAUGAAAUGGAAGAUUUGGAAAUGAGUAAACAUGGUUUCCGUAAUGUUAAACAGAAAUUGGAAGCUGAUAAGCAAAAGAAGAAUGUUCAAAAACAAGCAUCUAAACUUGGUAAACGUGGUGAGGCUGAUAGACAAAUUCAAACAAAAAUGCCUAAGCAUCUCUUUAGUGGUAAACGUGGUAUGGGCACAACGGAUCGUCGUUAA